AUUCCUUUACACCACCUCCCCCCCCCUUCAUUAUUAUUUGGUCUUCUCUCCCAAAAUCAAUCCUCUCUAUCUCUCUCUUCAAUCCCGCGUUUGCUCACUGAAACUAACUGAUUUCAUGUUAAUGGAGAGCUUAGUCAUGGAAGAGAAGAAGCAACUAGAUUUCAACCGCCCUCUUAUAUCCAUCAGACGGCCCAUACAAACUUCAGAACCCAAUAGGAAAACAAGAUCUUCUGAUUCACUAGCCAACAAGAUCCUUCCUUCUCCACCAGUUUACAAGUCUGAUAUCAACUCAGGUCCUGUGAGGAAUCCAGGAACUGUCCCUUUUCAAUGGGAACACAAGCCUGGAAAGCCGAAAGACGAGAGGAAACCUGAGUUACAAAGUGUGGUUGUUGAGCAACAUUUUGUGCCAAAGCUUCCUCCUGGGAGGAUUGUGAAGAAACCGGAGACUAGAGUUGAUCAUGUGGAGGAUGCGAAGAGUUGCAGUUCUUGGUAUGAUGAUGAGAGUGAUGAUACUUAUCUUGAUGCAGCUGAGACGCUUUCAAGAUCUGAGUCGUUCUUCUUCAACUGUAGUAAUGUUAGUGGUCAGGGGAUGCUAGUAGAGCCGUUUGGAACCUUAUCUAGUGAACGACAAACUCAAGAUCUAAUGAUGGGGAGAUUCUUGCCUGCUGCUAAAGCCUUGACCUCAGAGACGCCUCCACAUCUUGCUAAGAAACCGCCUAAACCAGAGGAACCGGCGAGGCAGAUAGUGGUGGUUGAGAAACAGAACAAAGCAGAGCAAAACCCAUACCGGUUUCAUCAUUCUCCUGAUCAGCAAGAAGAGGAAGAUGAAGACACGAGCAGCAUGAUGGCUUCUGGUGUUUGUGGAUUACUCCCUCAGAUUUGCCUGAGAAGUUCUUUUGGAGUGUUGAAUCCAGUUCCGUCUGUGAGAAGGCAGGCACAGAGAGGUGUUUCUGUUCGCCGCAUGCGUUCUAAGUAUCAAGAUCCUACUACUACUACUACUACACCUUGUAAUGAGAAUCAUAAGGUGAAGAUAAAUGGAUCUUCUACUCCAGAAGGGAAAGAGAGACUAGAGAACUUGAGCUCAGCUUCACGCACUAAAACCAGCAAAAACUUUGGUGAGCUCUUGGCUAGUGAUGACAAUACAUGGGAACCUUAUUCUGAGGCUCCUGUUGCUGAGAAAACUCUGUAUGUAGACACUGUGCAUUCAGUACACAAGAAGGUACAAGAAGAGUCUUUAUUAAAAGAUUACCCUUCACUAGAAGUUGAUCCUGUUAAAGAAGAUGUUCAGAACUUGAUUGGAGCCAGUGAAGAAGCUAUCUCAGGUCUAAAAGUUGAAGAAUGUGCUGAUCAAGCUAUUUCUGAAGUAGUAGAGAUUACAAAGGAGAGAAUUGAUCUCGAAGUCAAGUUGCAGCAGGGCAACACAACGGAUUUUGAAUGUUCAAGGCUUCAUCAUCAUCACAUUGUUGCACCACCACCAUUGCCAAAAGCUCCUUCAGAUUCUUGGUUAAAGCGUACGUUGCCAACAAUCCCAUCAAAGAACAACUCAUUCACAUGGUUGCAGUCUCUUGGCAUUGAUGAUAAUAAUAAUCAAAUCACCAAGAGUAUUCAAGAAAAUCUCAAGUGGGAAACUAUGGUCAAAACCUCCAAUACACAACAAGGGUUUGUGUGCAUCUCCAAGGACACACUCAACCCUAUACCAGAGGCAUAGCAAUACCAAAUUACAAGUAAAUUUCAACAAUAAAAAAAGGAUGAGCCAAUAAAGUUUUGUUUUUGUUCAUCUUCCAAAUUUUCUCCUCUUUAAUUUAUAUGUAAAUCUGAAAUAAAAGGUUCCUAAAAAGAGAAAAGCUAUGGAGAUGAAAUAAAAGGUCUCAAAUAUUGUCUGUCACUUGUGGGGUUU